AUGGAUUCAGGAACAAAGAAAUCUCAUUAUUAUGGAUGGAGUGUCGUAAAUCUGAAAAAAGAACUUACAAAAAGAGGUGCUGUUAUUCAUGGUAGAAAGGAGGAUCUAAUAGAAAGACUAGAGGCAUAUGAUAGAAAUCAAGAUUUUCGAGGAGAAGUAGUGAUUUUACCAGAACCUCUAGAUCCAGACUGGCCGGGUGAUGGAUUUCACCAAUUACAACUUGAACAUCAAAUCCAUCUGCCUAAACUAACAAAAGAGCAAAUAGAUGGAUACUUUAAAUACAGGAUGGCAGAUGACAACGAACAGAUCUCAGAUCUUAAAGCUCUACAAAAAGGUAAAAAAAUGUAUGAGAGUCAAAAGAUAUAUGCCUGCAGUAUUAAUGUAAAAACACCAUCCAUAUUUUUCACUGGAUUUGUUGGAGCUGCUAUGCGUAAAAAACUAACGUACAACUACAAAAUUAGGAUAGACAAAGAUAAUGGUGAAGUACUAAACAGUCACUGUGAAUGUCCAUCUGGCAAGGGUCCGCAUGGCACGUGCAAGCACAUAGCAGCUGUGCUUUAUAUGUUGCAUGAUUUUGUACAAAGCGGAUCUGACCCAAAAGUUCAACAGUCUGCACAGAAAUGUUACAAACUUUCCAUAAGCCCAAGAAAACAAUAUGCUGGAACACCUGUAAAAGCAAAAGACAUCCCAAACCCCAAGAAAAUGUAA